CGAAAAACUCUUGACGUUUUCCCAAUUGUAAAACUAAAACGUGUAGAAAAAACUUCUUGGAAAUUUCCGACAUGGGGAACUUUCUAAAUACUGUGAGCGACAAUACUUCCCAAUCUGGCCCGAAUGUUCCCGUUCCAAUCGGGGUAGAUAAUUCCCAGGAGGAAGUUGAAACAGCCACCACCAAUAUUAGUUCUGCUAGCUCCAAUACCCAUAACCCAUCGAGUCCGAUGCGCAGGCGCAACGACGAAAACGAGCCUUCGGAUGGGGACUACAAGUGCCCGGUUUGUCUGGAAAGCGUACGGGAGCCAUUGUUGGCAAAAUAUGGACACAUUUUUUGUCGCCAAUGCAUCGAAACCGCCAUACGCUCCUCUCACAAGUGCCCAAUGUGUAACAUGAAACGGGACAUAAGCGAUGCAAUGCGCAUUUAUUUGUAAUACUGUAAUUCGAUACGAAUGCUCUGGUAGUCAUCUGCGCACAAUUACGUUUUUUUUUUAUUCCUUAAUAAACUAUAAGUACGCCAUAUUCCAAUUUUCUCUAUAUGUAUAUGUACAUACAUAUGUACAUAUUUAAUGCACAGACAGCCCCGCCCACAGCUUUGAUGGCGUUUUUCCGUCGAUGUCGGUUCCGUUUAUACAUAUGUAGUUGCCAUGUAGCAAAUGUGUAGUACCCGCG